AUGCCUCGUUCAAAGCGUGCGCGCGUCGUCCACGAGUCCAAGACUACCAAGAAGGACCACAAGGAACAGACCCGCCGUCUGUAUGCCAACAUCCGGGAAUGUCUUGAAGAAUAUGAUACCAUGUUUGUCUUUGCGGUGGACAACAUGCGGAACACAUAUCUGAAGGAUGUGCGCACCGAAUUCGCCGACAGCCGUGUUUUCUUCGGCAAGACCAAGGUCAUGGCCGUCGCUCUCGGCAGCAACCCCGAAACCGAAGCCGCUCCCAACGUGCACCGUCUCACACCCUACCUGGCCGGUGCCGUCGGUCUUCUGUUCACCUCUCGCCCCGCUGAAUCCGUCAUCAACUACUUCGAGAACUUCCGCCCCAUGGAUUUCGCCCGUGCCGGCACUGAGGCCACCCGCUCGUUCAUGAUCCCCAACGGCCUGGUCUACUCCCGGGCCGGCGAGAUCGCCACUGAGCAGGAUGAGCCCAUCAGCCACACCAUGGAGCCUGCGCUGCGCAAGCUCGGUGUCCCCACCCGUCUGGUGAAGGGCAAAGUUAUGCUCGAGCUCACCGAGGACCAGGAGGGUUAUCAGGUGUGCAAGGAGGGCGAGACGCUGGACUCCCGGCAAACUACCCUCAUGAAGAUGUUCGGUGUGACCUCUUCUGAGUUCAAGGUUGAUCUCAAAGCCCAAUGGUCCCGGAGUACCGGCGAGAUCAAGAUCCUUGAGCAGAACGGAAUGGAGGUUGAUGCAUAG